AUGUUUGCAGUUCGUAAUAUAAACAGUAGAUUAGUGUUAGCAGCAAUUGGAAACAGAUGGCACAGCACGGAACCGGUUCGACAUGUGCCGGUGAUGGCCGAAGAAACGAUACGCUUCUUGAAACCACAAAACGAUGAAUUGUUCAUAGACAUGACUUUCGGAGCCGGUGGACACACGCAGGAGAUUCUGCGGUCCGCUCCGAAGGCUAAGAUUAUUGCAUUGGAUCGAGAUCCGGUGGCACAUGAAAUGGCACAUACAAUGUCGGAGCUGUUUCCCGGACAGAUAUUUCCCGUUUUAGGGAAAUUUUCCGAACUUCCUGACAAACUAGAAAAGCUUGGCAUAAAACAGCGGUCCGUUGACGGAAUGGUAUUCGAUUUCGGUUGUUCAUCGAUGCAAUUCGACGAAGGUUCACGGGGAUUUUCAAUCAGCAAAGAUGGACCGCUCGAUAUGCGGAUGGAUAAAGAUUGUGACACGGAUACCCCGACGGCUGCGGAAGUACUGGCGAAAAUAGACGAAAUCGAUCUGACGCGAAUAUUGAAGAUUUACGGAGAGGAAAAGCAAGCAAAGAAAAUCGCUCGCGCUAUCAUCGAGGCUCGUCACACAAUUAAAAGUAUUGAGACAACCAAAGAGCUAGCGGAUCUGGUGCAGUCGUGCUUCGAGAAUGAGGACACCCGACUGGAUAAAUUGAAACGGCCGAGCCACUCGGCAACCAAGACGUUCCAGGCGUUGAGGAUUUUUGUCAAUAACGAACUGAACGAAAUCAACUACGGAAUGGUAUUGGCUCAGCAUUACCUGAAAAUUGGAGGUAAAAUGAUAACAAUCACCUUCCACUCGCUGGAGGACACCAUCGUGAAGCGGCACGUGAUGGGAAACGUAAUGAACGAUAUGGCCAAUAAGUUACCGCUGCGGUACAACAGUCACACCAUUUGCCACGAUCAGGAAGUAAUGGAAACCGUGAUGAGGUCUCCGUGGCAUCCAUUGACCAAGCAUGUCGUUGUGCCGACCUACGAGGAAGUCGAUAAUAACCCGAGAAGCCGAUCGGCCAAGCUGAGAGCUGUUGUACGUGUCGUGUAGUGAACGUAAGCUGUGCUGGAAUAAUUAAUAAAGUCUUGCUACGAUUCAAAUGAAAAGAA